AUCAAAGCCUCACAUCUGGUUCUUUGUUUGGGCUGUGUGCAGUUCUAUUUUGCUCUCAGCUACGGGGCGCUAUAGUCGCUAAGUGCUGUUUCUUUCUGCGACGUGAUCAGUGCCCAUCCGAGUCGCCAGUCUUCUCCCCCGUCCAAUGUGCCACCUGUAACAUUUCGCGAUUAUCCUCCCUACUUCGACCAGAGUCCUUCGUUUUGCUCAACUGUGAAUCUUGAAACUACUUAUACUCUCCUUUAAACUGCUACCACGUUAUUCGCCUUUUACUUCCACCAAAAUGAGACCGUCUUGGCUGGGGUGGUCCCUCCUCUCACUGUUGGUAGCGCCUGCUUUGGGCACGCCUUCAGAUGCCUCCUCCGACCAAGAAUCUGGAGAUACACUUGUCAAGAGGGGGUCUCGUGGAGUGGAUUCCGACACACCCACAUUAUUCAAUGGUAUUGAAGUGCCCCCGUUGACGCAACUGACCCCGGAGAAUUUCGAGGAAGUGACCAAAGAUGGUUACUGGAUGAUCAAACACUAUUCCCCCUCUUGCCCGCAUUGCCGGACGGCCGCUCCAAUGUACCAGACCCUGUAUGAGUACUACUACACCUCAAAUCCCUUAUUCCUCUCCGGAUUCAAGCCCGAUGCACUCGCCUCUCUGGACUCAUUCACCGGCUACUACAAUCUCCAUUUCGGGUCCAUAAACUGCCUGGCCUUUGGCGAUUUCUGCAAGAAGAUGAACGUCGACUUUUUCCCCGCGUGGGCGUUCUAUGAUAUGGGCGUUCAGAACGGACCCCCUGUUGGUGCCAAGACGAUGUCAGAGAUUGGCGCUAUGAUUGAAGCCAAGCUCGAGACGAUCAAGCCUGGGUCCCGCCCUUCGCAAGGCGUCCAAAUCCCAAAAGCCAACGCUAAGAGCAUGGAAAUGACCGCCAAACCUGAAGUGGUAAAGCCUGGCGCGAAAACAGCUGUCGAGAAGCAGAGCAUCGAGACAGCAGAAUUGGAAGGCGUCAGCGCUGAGUCUGUCAAGGCCAAGCUCCAAGGACGGCCUGCUAACCCCCAGGGCGUUUCUAUCCCACUCACUGCGGAGAGUUUCCAAAGUCUGGUCACGACUACUCAUGAUCCCUGGAUCAUCAAGUUUUACGUUCCUUGGUGCCAUCAUUGCCAGGCUCUGGCCCCGAACUGGAACUCGAUGGCCAAGGAGAUGAAGGAUAAUCUCAAUGUUGGCGAAGUGAACUGCGAACUUGAGAAGCGACUGUGCGAAGAUGCUCGCGUGAAUGCGUACCCGACGAUCUACUUCUUCCGUGGCGGCGAGAGAGUUGAAUAUACCGGUCUUCGUGGCUUGGGAGAUCUGAUCGCGUACACCAACAAAGCCGUCGGUGUGGGCUCGAGCAUUCAGGAUGUUGACGCGACUACUUUUAAGCAGUUGGAAGAAACCGAAGAGGUUUUGUUCCUGUAUCUCUACGACCACGCGACCACUUCUGAGGAUUUUGAGGCCAUGAACCGCCUCACCCUCAGUCUGGUGGGACACGCUCGCAUUGUCAAGUCUGACAGUGCUGCUCUUUCCGAGCGAUUCAAGAUUUCUACCUGGCCUCGUCUUCUGGUCGUCCGUGACGGACGUCCCAACUACUACAAUGCCCUUGCUCCUAAGGACAUGAGAGAUUUCCGUCAAAUCCUGUCGUGGAUGCAGACUGUAUGGCUUCCCAUCGUACCUGAGCUCACCGCAUCCAAUGCCCAAGAAAUCAUGGACGGAAAGUUCGUGGUUUUGGGACUCCUCAGCCGCCGCCGUAGCGACGAGUUCAAGCAGUCCAAGCGCGAGCUGAAGGAAGCCGCCCUUGAAUGGAUGGACAAGCAAGUUCAACUGUUCCGUCUUGAGCGGGCUGAACUUCGUGAUUCCAAGCAACUGCGUAUCGAAGAAGCCGAUGACCGCAAUGAUCAACGUGCACUGCGGGCUGCGAAGAACAUGCGUAUUACCAUCCGCGAAGACGACAAGAAACAAGUCGCAUUCGCUUGGGUCGAUGGCGACUUUUGGGAGCGCUGGCUGCGCACAACCUACGGCAUCGAUGUGGAAACCAGUGACCGCGUUAUUAUCAAUGAUCAAGAUAACCGCCGCUACUGGGAUACUGCUUCAAGUGGAGCUCCUAUUAUGGCCUCGCGGACCUCCAUUCUCGAGACCAUUCCUCUCGUCGUCGCUUCUCCUUCGAAGUUGUCACCCAAAUCUACCAUCGGCACCUUCGAGACUAUCUUAUUCUUCGCGCGAUCCCUCCUCGGCAGCCAUCCCAUCCUCUUCUUCAUCAUCUUGGGUGCCGUGGUUGCUGUGGCCACCAUUUUCGGACGUGGACGCCUUAGACGUAGUGCUGCGCGCGGCGGUAUUAUUGGCAACACCAACAACAAUAACGGUGGCUUCUUCCACCUGGACGGCAAGGAGGGUUUCCUGAAUGGAGGCUCGACCGAUAAAGUCGACUAAUGAGACAAAUGUACAGUUAGGGUGUUUGGCUACGUGGUUCUUAUAAUCUUUUGUUUCCACUGUAUUUGAUUGAUGCUGGUUUCCUUUCGUGCGUCUGUUCGAUCAAUGCUGUCUCAGUUGAAUUUCUUGCAUGUCAGACCAAGGGGUUUUUUGAAGCACAUAUCUUCUUAUUCCAUUUCUUUCAGCCUUCACACGAACUUUUGGAGUCUAGGCGUAUCAACUUCUCGAGAGCCGCAAUGCUUCCUAGUAUUACGUCAAUAAACGC